AUGGCCGAGGCUACCUACUACAUCGAUGAAGAUGUCGGUCACGAUAUCCCAGAACAAACCGGCGACGAAUCACUUCCCUACAAGUCACUCGGAUACGCUGUCCUCACGCGCGGCGAGACGGCAAAGUUCCUUACACGCAAGAGUGUCACCGGCGAGGUCGCAGAGGGUGCUGAUGCGACAUCGAGGCUAGAGUGGAAGGAAGCCGCAAAGUCGGCCAUGAAAAAGGCAGUCAACUACGCCAAAACACAGAAGAAGAAGCAGGAGAAGGACCAACAACUACUUGCCCAGCGCAUGAAGGAGGAGCAUGAUCGCAACAAGGUACUGGACGAAGCCAAGAAGAUUGUCUUGGAAGAGGACAAGAGCUUGCCAGCACCCAUCAGGAUCAAGCUCGACGAUACCGACUCGAAAAAGAUCACACUGGGAGAUGGCAAGGACACAAAGGGUACACGGGUACGCGUUUUCGGCCGUGUCCAUCGUGAGCGAAGACAAAAGGACGUCAUGUUCGUUACACUAAGAGACGGCUACGGUCAGAUGCAGCUCAUCUUCACCGGCAAGCUGGCAAAGACCUACGAUGCCCUCACUUUGACCCGCGAGACCAGCAUGGAGGUCUUCGGAGAGCUGAGGAAGAUCCCCGAGGGUGCACACGCACCCAACAACCGCGAACUACACGUCGACUACUACAAGAUCCACGACGGAUGGAAGGCUGCGGGUGGCGACGAUGCCAUCACCAACAGGGUAUCAAAAGACACUGAGCACGCGACACUAUUGGAUUUGCGACAUCUCACUAUGCGCGGAGAGACGGCGUCCAAGGUCUUGAUCGUCCGUGAUGCUGUCGAGUUUGCGUUCAACCAGGUCUACAAGGAACUCCGGUUACGCAAGGUCAGCCCGCCAGCGCUCGUCCAAACCCAGGUUGAGGGUGGUUCUACGCUUUUCAAGUUCGGCUACUACAACGAGGAAGCAUACCUCACCCAGUCGUCUCAACUGUACCUUGAGACUUGUUUGCCAUCUAUGGGUGACGUCUACUGUAUUGAAAAAUCUUUCCGUGCAGAGAAGUCACUGACACGUCGCCAUUUGGCCGAGUACACACACGUCGAAGCCGAGCUCGACUACAUCAACUUUGAUGAUCUACUGAACCACCUGGAGGAGGUCAUGUGCCGUGUCCUUGAAGUCACCAUGUCCGACCCUGUCAUCAAGCAGUACAUCAUGGACCUUAACCCCGAGUUCCAAGUACCAGAGCGGCCUUUCAAGCGCAUGAAGUACCAAGACGCCAUCGACUGGCUCGUCGAGAACGGGAUCCCCAACGAAGAUGGCGAGCCGCACAAAUUCGGUGACGAUAUUGCCGAGGCUGCUGAGCGUCGCAUGACAGAUAUCAUCAACAAGCCUAUUUUCCUGACUCACUUCCCCGCCGAGAUCAAGGCUUUCUACAUGCUGAAGGACAAGGACGAUGCUAGGGUUACCGAGAGUGUAGAUUGCUUGAUGCCCGGUGUCGGUGAAAUCGUUGGUGGCAGCAUGAGGAUGGACAACUAUGAUGAGCUGAUGGCUGCAUACGGAAGGGAAGGUAUCGAUCCUGCGGCAUACUACUGGUACACUGACCAGAGGAAGUACGGUUCUUCUCCCCACGGCGGUUACGGUCUUGGUCUUGAGCGCUUCCUCGCCUGGCUCUGCAAGCAGCACACCGUCCGCGAUUGCUGCCUGUACCCUCGCUACUUCGGUCGCUGCAAGCCUUGA